AUGGCUACAACCAAAAACCCAGUUCUGAUGUCGUUUGCACUCCACUUCCAUUUUGCAUCUCUGCCGUUAUCUCUGCACCUUGACCUGACAGCGAGUCUCUCUGAGAACCGCACCUGGGAACCAGCAACAAGGCUGGAUUCCAACAUCCCAGUGCCCCCACCAAGACACACAUGGAAAGAAGUUCGUCAUGACAAUACAGUCACUUGGUUGGCAUCUUGGACAGAAAACGUGCAGGGAUCAGUCAAAUAUGCCAUGCUGAAUGCCAACUCUAAGCUGAAGGGAGAAAAGGACUGGGAAAAGUAUGAAGUUGCCCGGAAGCUGAAGACCUGUGUGGACAGGAUCCGGGCUCCGUACUGCCUGGACUGGAGAGCCAAGGAAAUGAAGCUGCGGCAACGAGCAGUUGCACUUUACUUCAUUGAUAAGCUGGCUCUCAGAGCAGGGAACGAAAAGGAAGAAGGGGAGACGGCCGAUACAGUCGGCUGCUGCUCGCUGAGAGUGGAGCGUGUGAAACUGCACCCGGAGCUCGGCAGAGAAAAGCACGUGGUGGAAUGAUUCCAGGGUAAAGACUCCAUCCAAUACUACAACAAAAUGUCCGUGGAAAAGAAGGUGUUUAAAAAUCUCCAGCUGUUUAUGAAGAACAAGCAAGGGGGAGAUGAUCUAUUUGACAGGCUGAACACCUCAAUGCUUAAUAAGUACCUUCAGUGUCUGAUGGAGGGAUUGACAGCCAAGGUUUUUCGAAUGUACAAUGCCUCUAUUACCCUGCAACAACAGCUGAAAGCGCUCACAGAUUCUCGAGACAGCAUCCCAGCCAACAUCCUGUCCUACAACAGAGCUAACAGAGCGGUUGCAGUCCUGUGCAACCACCAGCGUGCACCACCCAAGACCUUUGAGCAGUCCAUGGCUAAUCUCCAAGCUAAGAUUGAGACCAAGAGGGAACAGCUUUCCCUAGCAAAGAAAGAGCUGAAGCAAGCUAAGCAAGAUGUGAAGGGCAGCGACAGUGAAAAAUUGAAGAAGUUAAUGCAGAGCAAGAAAAAAGCAGUGCAAGGAAUAGAAGGUUUGCAGAAACCGGAGGUGCAAGUGAUUGACCAGGGAGAAAACAAGCAAAUUGCUUUGGGCACCUCCAAACUGAACUACCUGGAUCCUCGGAUCACUGUCGCAUGGUGUAAAAACUGGGGUGUUCUGCUGGAGAAAAUCUACAGCAAAACCCAUCGAGAUAAAUUUGCUUGGGCAAUAGACAUGACAGAAGCAGAUUUCAUAUUCUAG